AUGGCACCAAAGCUAAGAGGUCGUAAACAGCGACAAUUUCCCUUUACACGUCAGUGUAUUUUAUGCAGCAAGUCAAACGGAACUGGGAAGGAUUACGAAACAAUUAAUGAUGAUGCGCGUGCAGAAAAAUUCAGAGAAGAAAUGGAGCCUUUACUUCCUAAUUUGAAAAAUCGUUUGUCAUUAAUUGGGGUUAAUUACCAUCAUAAUUGUUAUCGUAAAUUUACUUAUAGAAAAAUUAAAGCAAUUAAAGAUCAACAACAAUCAACUCAAUUACAACAAGCUACGCCUAGCGCUUCUUUAGCAAGUGGUUCAAUGCAACUUUUCGUUGACCAAUCUGAUCGCCCAACGGAUGAUGAUGGUGACAAUAGUGACAAUGAUUAUUACGCCGACGCGCUCAAUAUUACAGAUUUUGAAUAUCGAUACCAAUCAGGUACAAUUCUUUUUUAUCUUUUAAGGUACAAAAUUCUAUCACUUAAAAAGGACAAAGGUUAUUCAUCUCAGAAGGCAAAAGAAUCAUGUCUACGCUCACAACUAUAAUGCUUACUCAAUAAAUAAAUAUUGUAGAUACGUUUUGUUCACUAAAAAAAUGAAGAGUGAGUCUAUUGAUACCACCAUGAGGUGUCACCAAGGACUAUUGACACAACCAUCGGAGGUGUCAGAAAUGGCUGUUGACACCUACUGGAGGUGUCACCAAGAGUUGUUAUCUCUAAUGUCAUUGGCAGUAAUAAAAGGAGGAAUUAGGUCAGACGAAGAGAUCUGAAACUGUUAGAAUAUGUGUGUACGUGGCACCGACAAAAGCAUUGGUCAAUCAAGUUUCAGCAACUAUCUAUUCAAAAGUAAGAGCCACAAAAAUAUCGCUCACAUAAGAAUUAUUAGUUGUGUGAUUUCAGUUUGGUGCCGUCUUUGGCGUCUUCACACGUGACUAUCGAACAAAUGUUGAAAAUUCUCGAAUAUUGGUGACUAUUCCCCAGUGUUUUGAAAUUUUAUUGUUAUCACCA